AUGCCGGUGGCCCCAAAUAGAGGCGGAAGGCGGUGGUGGGGCGGUGGUUUGGUGGGAGUUCGGCAGAGGCGGAAGGCGGUGGUGGUUUGUGGGGAGACCGGUGGGGGUUUUGGGCAGAGAUCGGUGAUGGCAGUGGUUUGUUACGAAUGUGUAAGUAAAGGCGUUGAUGAUGAUAGCAAACUAUCUGAGACACCUACCGUUAACGAUUCUCUGGGUGCUGGACAUAUUAGAGAUGAGAACAUGCAACCAGAGGUAGUACUUCAACAGUCUCAGUUUCAGAUGUUUUCACCAAAUGAAGAAGAUAUGUGGAGUGAUGAGUAUGACGAGGAAUCACCGCUACGCGCACGACCUAACGACAGAGGGAAAUCCCCGCUAACCGGAACUGAUGUUCAUGAAUAUGAACAAGGAACUCCACGCUACUUUGUAACUCAGACCCCACAACGAACCAAAUAUUGGACUCCUAUUAUUGACAAGGAGUUCCAUCCUGUUCUUGGAAAAUCAUACGACACAUUUGAGGAGCUUAUUGCAAUGUAUAAGGCAUACGGAUACCAAGUUGGCUUCGAUGUAAAAAAGGCGCAAACAAAGGUUUGGAAUGGGUAUGCGACGCACAAAUACUUGAGGUGCUCGAAAGCUUCUAAACCGCAACAGAAAAGGAUGUUCGACACUCUCUGUGAGUCUUCAGUGAUGACCAACAGGAAAAGUACGUUCACACACACUGAUUGCAAGGCGCAGAUUCUUGUCCUCAUCACGAAAAACCCUAAUCGUUUUGUUGUACACAAGUGGAUUGAUGUGCAUAAUCACCCCCUUAUUGACCCAUUCAACCGAGACCUUUCAAAAAUAUCAAGAAAACUCCCAUUUGCAAUGCAACAAUUUAUUCACCGAAUGAGCAUCAAUCGUAUUGGUCCGGUCAAGGCCCACAGGUGCCUUGUAAGUAUUAAAGGUGGUCAUCACAACGUGCAUGGUACUCCCGAUGACUUUAAAAACUUUAGCCAGAAGUUGAGGAUUUUGAUAGGUAACCGAGAUGCUCAACUUUUUCUGGAUUGCAUUCGUGAUCGAAGGGAAAGUCUUCCAAACUUCUACUAUGACUUUGUUGUAUCUGAUGGGAAAUUGAAUGCUGUAUUUUGGGCUGAUGAGAUCUCCAAGCUAAACUACAAGGCUUUUGGGGAUGUGUUAGCAUUCAAUGCUACUUACCAAACAAACAAAUAG